CAUCAAAUAUGAAGAAUUCACAAAUGCUUAUCUUCAUUGGGUUGUUUUUAUGGGGUUUCCUUCAAAUUCCCAAUUCCAAUGCAUUUAGUGAAAUCAACCCGAUAUACAAUGUUAAUCUUGCACCUUUUAUACAACGUCUCAGUGCAUACUACUGCCUACAGAAUGUGUCUUCAGAUUGCCCGGGAAACUUCACGCUUAAAAUAGACGGAUGGUUGAACAUAAGUGCAAGUGAGACGCUAGCAUUUUGUGACGGAGGUUGUGCACAACACACCCAAGCCGUCCUGAAAUGUGUUUGGUACGUUAAAGACGACUUCAAGUUUGAGAACAAAGCUACUAUCAAGAACCUCAACGACACCAUCAUCAGCGGAUGCGCACAAGGUUUCAGUGGGACAAGCUUGCAUCAAGGUAAUGGAGGUAGUGGCACAACUACAUCAGUCAUUACAACACUUUGUGCUAUGGCCUUUUUGGCCCUAUUUUACAUCUAGCAUUUGCAAUGAGGACCAGUAAGGAAUGUCACAGAAGUUAGAAAGUUUGUCAUAAUCAAUAAGCCGACUCUGUUUGAUAAAACUACGGCCGAUAAAAGUGUAUAGACCCAAAUAAGAGAAAGUACUACGAGGUG